AUUUUCUUAUAAUAAAAUGGGUUGAAUAUUUAAAUAAAACAAACUCAGUUAUUGUUAAUGUUAAAACGAUAAAAGACAUUACUGGUGGAGACAAUUUAAAAUGUGAUCAUGGCUGCAUUUGUGAUAGUAUUAGUUAUAACAUUUUGGCUUCGAUGCACAAUAGUGUACGGAUAUGAGUUUAUAUCGCAAUAUCCCAAAAAUCAAAAUGAAACAUUCCACUUUAACCAUCUCGUUGUUGACAAAGUGAGCGGACAAGUAUAUGCAGGUUCUUUGAAUACACUACAUCAGCUUAGUCCUGACUUGAAAUCGCUUCAUGUAGUACGGACUGGACCUAAGCUUGAUAAUCCAAUGUGCCAUGCUAGUGGUUGUCCGACAGAGGAUAUUCAAACGACUUGGACUGAUAAUGUUAAUAAAAUUUUAGUGAUUGAUCAAGAAUCCAGAAUUGUGAUAGCCUGUGGAUCAGUGGCUCAGGGAUCGUGUUUCAAAUAUAAGCUGGGUGACCUUACAGCUGAACCUGAGUUUGUUCCUGAGAGUGUUGCUGCAAACGAUGCGGAAGCCUCCACAUACGCUUUUAUCGGUCCUGAGAGAUAUAAUUCCUGGGACCGCUCCAAUGUACUUUAUGUAGGAACAACAUUUACAAAUAAUGGAGAAUAUAGACACGACGUUCCUGCUAUAUCCAGUCGCGACCUUAUGACAUUGCAACUGGCUCAAUUUACAUUUUCUAAGCAAAGCUUAAUACAAAUAGAUGUCAAAUACAGGGACAAUUUUCUUGUGCAAUAUGUGUAUGGAUUCAAUGCUAGUGACUAUGCCUACUUUCUUAUUAUACAGAAACAUUCUCACCUUGCUGGUAAUGAGGAACUUGGGUAUGUGUCACGCUUAGCUCGUACUUGUGUGAAUGAUGAUAAUUAUAACAGUUAUACAGAAGUAACAUUAGAAUGUAAUGUUCGUGAAGAAACAACUGUUGGUAAGAGUGAAAUUGUCAAUUAUAACUUAGUUCAAGAUGCUAAAAUUGCUAAGGCAGGUGUUAAUUUAGCUAAUCAGUUAGGAAUUGAGACAGGAGAUACCAUCCUGGUAGCAUCUUUCAGCCCAUCAAAAGGAAUAUCUAAUGAACCUACACCUAAGUCAGCUGUUUGUGUAUUCUCAUUACAAGAGAUAGAAAUUAAGUUUAAUGAAAAUGUUCACAUGUGUUUUAAUGGUAGUACUAAGGCACGUAAUAUGGGUUACAUAUCGGGUAUGAUAUCAGAUGGUAAAUGUCCAAGUGUUGGUUCCACAGGUAAUAUCCUUAAUUUUUGUGAAGUAGGCUUAAAAAUAAGUGGUCUUUAUCCCAUCAAAGCCAUGUCAGCGAUACAUUGGAAUGACACAUUAAUAACUUCAGUAACUAUGUCUGUAACAGGUUUACAUACUGUUGCCUUUUUAGGAACUAGUGAAGGCUUUAUUAAAAAAGUGCUCAUAGACACUGAUAAGGCUUUGGAAUAUUCUAAUGAACUUCUUCUACCUGGUCAAAAAAUUAUGCCUGAUACUACUCUUUCCCCUUAUGGUAAAACUGUUUAUAUAUUAGCAAAUUAUUCAAUUGUUCAAAUUCCUACUGAAAAGUGUGCUGAACAUGGCAAUUGUUCUUCUUGUUUAGAAUCAAAUGAUCCUCAUUGUGGUUGGUGCUCUUUAGAAAAACGAUGUACAGUACAGAAUAUGUGUCAAAAAGGUACUCAAAGUGCACCCAGGUGGUUAUCACAGUAUACUGGUCAACAAUGUAUUGAUUUUGAACAAAUUUUACCUGAUCGAAUAUCAAUGUCAGAAGUCACAACUGUUCAACUUAUAAUUAGAACUUUACCAGAACUUCCAUUUGGAGCAAAAUAUAAAUGUGUUUUUGGUAAUGCUCCUCCUAUAGAUGCUGCAGUUACAUCCAAUGGGCUUGCAUGCCCAACACCUGAUAUUAAACACAGACCAAAAAUAGCACAAAACCAAGACCAUGUAUAUGUGCCCCUUUCUGUGCACUCUUCAGAAACAAACAAAGAUUUUGUUUCUCGUAAUUUUGCUUUUUAUGAUUGUUCAAAACACAUAACAUGUCACACAUGUAUUAUGAGUGAGUGGGCCUGUAAUUGGUGUAUUUAUGAUAAUAAAUGUACACAUGAUGCACCUGUAUGCCAAAGAACCAUUAUAAGCGGGGAGAAAAAUCCCAUCAAGCUUCUCAACCAUGGUAUUGGUCACUGUCCUAGAAUAAGGCAAUAUAAAAAACCAAUUUUGUUACCAAACAAUGUACCAAAAGAACUGGAACUUGAAGUGGAAAAUUUACCACAUUUACAACCUGGACAUACGGGAUUUCAGUGUAUUGUUAGUAUUGAAUUGGCUAAUAUGAUACUGCCAGCUAGAGUUGAAUCUAAUCAUUUUAUUGUAUGUGACAAAACAAUGUAUUCUUAUGAGGAAGAUGUAGGAGAGUAUAAUAUAAGUGUAAAAGUAUUUUGGAAUCAUAAACAUUAUAUAGAUACAAUAACAAUUACUUUAUACAAGUGUGAAAUUCUUGGUUCUCACAGAGACCAUGCAGACUGUUCUCUUUGUAUUACACGCAAUUCUGUCUAUCAGUGUACAUGGUGCGGCAAUUCAUGUUCUUAUAGUGAAUCGUGCUUAGACAAUCCUGUCACAGAAUGUCCCAAACCUCGAAUUGACAUGAUAAAACCAUUGAGUGGGCCUAUAGAAGGUGGAACAUUGGUUACAAUUGAAGGUAGUAAUUUAGGUCUCAGAGUUGAAGAAGUAACUGGUAAAGUUCGGAUUGGAGAUGUACUAUGUGAAAUUGUAGAUUUCGAAGUAUCUGUAAGUAUAACAUGUAAGACGGGUCCAUCUAAUGUAUCAGUUGUAGCCCCAGUGAUUGUCGAAAAUGAUGCAGGCUAUACAGAGUCCUCUGUCCUGUUUAGUUAUAAAAAUAUAAAGUUACAAGGUAUUUAUCCUUCUAUAGGACCUGUAUCAGGAGGUACACAAUUAGCUAUUGGAGGUCAACAUCUUAACAUUGGAUCAACUAUUUCAGCAUAUUUAGAUGAAUUGUUAUGUUCUGUAAAUAAGACACAAACAUCAAAUAGUAGGUUGAUAUGCAUUACCCCAAAAGCUAAUAUACCACGUAUUGUUCACACAUUGACAGUGUCCAUAGACAAUGCAAAUCGAACAUUGUAUGGAGAUUUAUUUAAUUAUACAGCAGACCCUACCAUUAUGGAGAUAAAACCAUUAAAAAGUUUUGUAUCGGGUGGAAGAAUGAUAACAGUUCAUGGUACUAAUUUGCAUACUAUCCAAAAACCUCUCAUGAAACUCUAUUAUGUAAAUGAAGUAGUUCCUGUUAAUGCUACAGCUUGUACUGUACUUAAUUCAAAUCAAAUGGAAUGUCCAAGUCCAGCUGUAAAUAAAAAAUAUUAUGAUAUAAUACAAGCAACUAAAUCCCAAACUAGUACUCCACAAAUUGCUAUGAAGGUAGGAUUCGUAAUGGAUAAUGUGGAAACAAUGCAUGAUUUGGAAAAAUACUUCAAUCCACCAAGAACUCAUAUGGUUUUUGUUGAAGAUCCCCAUGUUUAUCAAUUUCCAAAUCAAAUCAAAUUGUAUAAAGGCGACCCUUUAGUGAUUGAAGGCGAAAAUCUCAUUAGAGCGAGUGACGAGUCAGAUGUAAUUGUGACUAUUGGAACUCAACUAUGCAAUGUUACAAGUCUUACUAUGCAACAGUUAUUAUGCACCCCACCUGAAGUUCAACCAACCAAUACCGACGAAAAUGGUUUCCAGAUAACUGAUAUCAAUCUACCUUUAGUAGUUGUGAAGAUUGGUAGGAAUUUACGAUUUCCUAUUGGGUACUUGCAUUAUGAGCUUUUAAGAAAUUAUAAUUUUCCACCAGAAGCGAUAGCUGGAAUUGCUGCAGGAACAUUUUUCUUAGUACUUAUAUUUAUGAUUGUUUUGGUUAUGUACAGAAGACGAAGUACAAAAGCAGAAAGAGAAUACAAAAGGAUACAAAUACAAAUGGACACGCUAGAGAGCAACGUUCGAUUAGAGUGUAAAUUGGCUUUUGCAGAGCUUCAAACUGAUAUGUCAGAUUUGGCAGCAGAUUUAGAACAUUCUGGAAUACCUACAUUGGAUCAUGUGAAUUAUGUAAUGAAGGUAUUUUUUCCUGGCGUAUCUGACCAUCCUAUUUUAAAUGUUCAGCGUCAAUUUAUAAAUACGCCACGAACAAAUUACGAUGCAGCCAUGAUUCAGUUUGAACAGCUUUUAAAUAAUAAAUGUUUUCUUCUGUCAUUUAUAGACACAUUGGAGUCCCAAAAAUCUUUUAAUAUUAGGGACAAAGUAAAUGUAGCAUCGUUAUUAAUGGUUAUUCUCAUGGGUAAAAUGGAAUAUGCUACCGAUAUAUUGAAGUCUCUCCUGUUGCGUCUUAUUGAUAAAUCGGUUUGUACAAAACAUCCUCAACUAAUGUUAAGAAGAACGGAGAGCGUGGUUGAAAAAAUGCUUACAAAUUGGAUGGCUCUUUGCAUGUAUUAUUAUUUAAAAGAUUAUGCAGGUUCAUCGCUGUUCUUAUUAUUCAAAGCAAUAAAGCAUCAAAUUGAAAAAGGCGUAGUUGAUGCUAUAACUCACGAAGCUAGAUAUUCUUUAUCAGAAGAAAAACUCUUAAAAGAACAAAUAGACUACCAAAUUGUUACUUUACAUAUAGUACAAGAUGAUUUCGAUGAUAAAAUACAAUGUAAAGUUUUAGACUGUGAUAGUAUAUCACAAGUUAAGUCUAAAAUAUUGGAUGCUUUAUUUAAAAAUACUCCUUUCAGUAUGCGACCUUCCGUCCAUGAAGUUGAUUUAGAAUGGAGACAUGGCCGAGGUGGCCAUGUUACUCUUCAAGAUGAAGAUCUUACAACGAAAACUCUAAAUGGCUGGAGAAAAUUAAAUACCUUAGCUCACUAUGGAGUUAAAGAAUCUGCUGUUAUGUCUUUAAUUUCACGACAAAAUGACAGUUUUAAUACUCCAUAUAAGAUUCCUUGCAAAAAUUGCACAGGAAUUUAUUGUUCAAAUACCCACAUUAGAGUAUACAAAAGUGAUAUAAACGACCAAAAUGUGCACUACUAUCAUUUAGUCAAACCUAUUGAGUACCAACACAUUGUGAAUAAAUCUUCAGAACACAGUCACAAAGCCAUUCCGGAAAUAUUUCUCACGAGACUUCUCUCUACUAAAGGCACGGUUCAUAAGUUUGUCGAUGACUUUUUCGGUACGAUUUUGACAGUAAAUGAAGUUUUACCACCUGCUGUUAAAUGGCUGUUUGAUCUCUUUGACGACGCUGCCAGGGUACACGGCAUUAUAAACCCUGAAGUCGUCCAUGCAUGGAAAUCUAAUAGUUUGCCGUUAAGAUUUUGGGUCAAUCUUAUAAAAAAUCCUGAUUUCAUUUUUGAUAUUAAUAAAACUUCGACUGUAGAUUCCUCUUUAUCUGUGAUUGCUCAAACAUUUAUGGAUGCUUGUUCUUUAUCAGAACAUAGACUUUGUAAAGAUUCACCAUCCAAUAAAUUACUUUUUGCUAAAGACCUGCCAACCUAUAGGGAAAUGGUUAUACAAUUUUAUCAAGCCGUCUCUCAAUUACCUCAAGUAUCCGACCAAGAGCUAAGUACCUCUAUGCAGCAGCUUUCAGUUGAACAACUCAAUGAGUUUGAUACUCUUUCAGCUUUGAAAGAGUUGUACAUUUACGUAAGUAAAUAUAGAGAACAAAUUAUAUUAGGGCUAGAAAACAAAAUGCACUUAGCUCAUAAAUUAGAUAAUGUAGCGUGCACUUUGGAAGGGGAUCCUGCAGCUGUAUGCUGACUAUAUGAUAAUAUAAGUUACGAUUUAAUAACAUUCACAUAAUUUAUUUAUAAAACAGAAAUUUUGUACAAAGAGCUUUAAUUUAUUUUGAAAAAUACUCAUAUAUAACUCAUUUGUAAAAAAGACUGUAAAAUAUCAGUUUAUAGCAAUAUUGUUUUUAAAACGAAUAUUAAGGACAUUAUUAGCACCAUGACAAUUCUAAUGAAUAUUUUUAAUAAUUUAUUGUUUCAUACUUACCAAGAUUGCAUUUAUCAUGAAGAAAAAACAAAUUUUAUAAAAAUAUUUUCCUCCCAGUGGCCAUAUUUUAUUAUUACCUAUAUGCCAUUUUUAAUUUUAGUAGAUAAAAUUAAAAGUAUUAUGACUAAAAAUAUAUUAAGUCCUUAUGAUUUCCUAAAAUAUGAGAUCUGACACAGAUAUUAAGUUAUUAAUGUAAAUUUAUUCAUGUAUGCUGCUAAAAUACUUAAUAUUGAUGUUUAAUAAUGUAAGAUUGUAUGUGUAAAGAGAAUAAUGUAAGGAAAAUGUUGUGAUAUUUGUAUUUGGAAUAAUUAUAACUAUUGAUCUUUUUCAUUCACUCUUCAUUUGCUUCUUU